AUGCGCAUUCUGUUAAUAUCCCUUGAAGGGACCGAUCAUACAAGCUGGCUUGGAUAUUGCAUAACCAACCUGGAGACUCGCGGAUCUGGUCCUACCAGGGCGACAAGCACGAAACAAUUCGAACAGGCAACACGACUGGACAUCGUCCUGGGGUUCCUUCCUGAGGAGGCCCUUCUGCCUGUUUGCAAUUAUGUUUUUCACUUUUCCGGCAAAAGUCCAGACCUUAUAGACACUAUUGGUUCGGACCAGAACUUUUGGCUCUCCGUUUUAUUCUUUCGCUACGAUAUACCCGGCUGUCUCGUAUCCGCAGGCCGGAGCGAUGACAUGCCAUGUCUUUUCUCAUGA